UUCAAAUAAUUUAAUACAUGCUGAGAAGGCAAAAAAGUAGGUAUGGUGGGGUGACACUGAUAAAAGCAAGCGCGAGGAAGAAGGUCCGUUGAAACGAGUGGCAGUCAUUGAACGUGCUCCAAUUCAGAUUUUCUUUGUCUACAAAAGUUUGAAUUUUCCAAACAUGUUCAAUCGUGCGAUAAUUAUUCAUACUUUACUUUUCUUUGUGAUCGCAAAUGUGAAUGGGGAAGAAGAUUACUGGAGACGCGGGUCGGCAUCGAAGGACUUCGACGUCUUAAUUUUCACACAAAGCUGGCCUAAAACUGUUUGCUUCACGUGGAAAGAAAGUUCGACAGCGCAUACAUGUUCAUUUCCAAAAGACCGCGAUGAGUGGACGAUCCAUGGUAUUUGGCCGUCCCAGUACCAUAAACUGGGUCCACAAUUUUGUGAUAAGUCGAGACCGUUUGACCCGAAAGCUUUAAACACAAUACAAUCCGAAUUACAAGAAAAAUGGAUAGAUGUAGAAUACGGAAGGCAAUCGUACUCCCUUUGGGAACAUGAAUGGAACAAACACGGUACUUGUGCGGCACAGCUGAAACAAUUAGACACGGAAGUGAAAUAUUUCAGCGAAGGUAUUAAUUUGCUGGUAAAGUACGACAUGAAGAACGUAUUAGCGAAAGCUAAUAUUUUACCUGGCCGAAAAUAUGAUGCGACGACUCUUCUGAACGCCAUUGAACAAGUAUUAGGCAAAAGGGGUGUAGUGAUAUGUAGGAAAAAUCAUAAUACUGGAGAAUCGUAUAUACUCGAGGUACGAAUAUGUUUGGAUAAAACAUUAGGAUUAAUCAAUUGUGACGGAGUUUACGGAUAUCCGACGAAUUGCGAUACCUCGGAACGUGUAACAUAUCCAGGUGAAGUACCGCAAUUGUACAAUGUAGUACAAGUAUGACGAUGGUAUGAACUAAAUUAAAACUGUAAAGUAACAUGUGCCGUAACGUCUGUUACAUACCCU